CGUCACGAGAUAGAAGAACAGAAAGAGAAACAGAGAUAGACAUUUGAUACAGAUUUUCCGAUCGCACAAUCAUCGACAUUCUUGACCAAUUUGAAGAUUCGGAAUCGCUGGUCCGGCGAGGGCUGGCUUCGUAGAUGCAAUCACGGCUCUAAUCAAAGCAAUCACCAGUAUUAAGAUUUCGAGAGGCAGCAGAGAAUGCAUGAGAGCCUUCACUAAUUCGCUGCUUGCAUGCCCUUCGUUUCACGGCGGUCGCGGUGCCCUACCAUCCGCCGGUGGGCAUCCAUCCGAUCUCACCUACCUUGCCGGCGGCGGUUGCUUCUGAAAACGACGACCGCCUGUGUUUCCCCUUCUGGGUUUUGAGUGUACUUCGUUUUUUAUUAAGAAGUAAUCAAUGGUUACGGUUAAGCAGCUUCAAGAUGGUAACUUUACGUCGCAAUUCCCUCCAUUUUCUCUGCAAGGUAUAAAAAUCCCCUUGUAUCGUUUUAGUAGCAAUUCGAUACUGGAUAAUGGUUGUGUUGGAGGCAUUUCGUGUGUGGUCGAAGAAGAAGGAGGAGAAGAAGGAGAAGAACAGAGUGUAUUGGAUUCUAUUCUUCUUGCGCAGUGGGAAGAUCGAAUGUGGAAAGGUCUGUUCAGAUACGAUGUGACAACAUCUGAAAUCAAGGUCAUCGGUGGCAGGAAGAAGUUUAUUGCUCAGUUUAACGAAGGAUGGAGUAGGGAUUUUAUUCCAAGGAUGGGCAAGAACAAGAAUUUCCGCCAAGAAGAUGCAUUCAAGUUUAGUUGGAUGGAGCGGCAGGAGGAGCUACUCUUUUGUGUUUCAAGCGGUGAAAAGUCGAACCCUGAGCUUGUUCUUUCAGCUGCCGUGCCUGAUUGUGCCUUAUUGAUUGCUAUCAAUGCAUCCCCCGUGGAAUAUGGUCAUGUCUUGUUGGUACCACAUGGCUCUAAAAUUAUUCACCAGUACCUCGAUAAAAGGUCAUUGGAACUUGUCCUGCGCAUUGCUGUUGAAAUAAAUAAUUGCUCUUUUCGCCUAUUCUAUGACUAUUCACCUAGUGCUUCUCCUUUAUAUUUCCAGGCUUGCUACCUUCAAAUCCCUUUGCCUAUUGAGUUCAUGCAUUUCGAUACAAUAUUUGGUGCUGGGAAAGAGGGGAUGCGCAUCUCUUGUGUUGCAGAUUACCCCAUUAAGACCCUCGUAUUCGAGAGCAACCACUUUAAUACUAUGAUGGAGGUUCUUGCUGAGAUAUGUUCGUGUUUUCAGCAAAAGCUCAUUCCAUACAAUCUGCUAAUAUCUGAUCAUGGCAAAAGGAUAUUCUUAUUUUUCCAGCUACAUACAUUAAAAGACUCUUGUACCCUUUCUGCUUGGGAGUGUGGGGGGUAUUUCUUGUUUAAAUCGAGGUCUGAAUUUGAUCAAGCUACUGAGCAGGCUCUGCUAAAACAGCUAAGUACCGUCUCCCUUGAUGACAAAGGUUUCCAAGCAGUGAAGUUGCUCUGUUGCAGCAUUGCGGGUAAGUUUGUAUGUUGAAUUUGGGAGCUGGAUUAUUGCCCGUGUUGCUAAAUAACGAAAAACAGAGUCGAUGAAAUUCUGUAUUCCGAUGAAAGUGUACAACUCUGUAAUCUGGGAUGAAAUGAAGUGUAUAUUUUUCUUAUUAAUGUAAAAUCUAUUGAUGUA